AUGGUUAAAUUUCCCAUAUUUCUACCACUACUAUUGCUCAUUACAUUCUCAUGCGAUGCAGUUAAAGUCGACCUGAUCUCAGGGCCAAUUCGAGGGAAACUCGAGAAAAUAAACGGCCAACAAGUGCAAGUGUUCAAGGUAGACCACUAUUCAUUCGUUAUUUUUUGAUUUUUAGGGGGUACCCUAUGCCGCAAAGCCCAUUGGAGCGUUGAGAUUUCAAAAUGCUCAGCCGGCGGAGCCUUGGAAUGAGACGAUUUUAACGACCGAAUACUCGCCCGCCUGCAUGUCAAAUACGUCGCAGACAACAUCGCCGCAAAGUUAUAUCAGCGAGGACUGUCUGUACAUCAAUAUCUGGGCGGAUCUGCGAUGCAGAGUGAGAGUUUUGAGUGCUGGAAAAGGUCUAGAAAGCCAGAAUGAAGCAAUUUUUUUGCACGUCGAUUUUUCGGAAAGCAGCCUUUAGAAUUUGUUGAAAUUUAAAAAGCAAGCGUUGUCUAGACCAUAUUUCAAGUCCUGAAAAUCUUAGUUGCCCAGUUACAAUGGCGGCUAAGAUAUUCAGCAAUCUUUGCAAGUGCAAAAAUGGGAACCGAGGCCAGGAAAAAAGAUACCUUUCCUGUAAAUUUCAAACAACAAAAUCACGAUUUUUUUACUAUAUUUUUUCAGAACAACCCUUGCCCAGUUGUAUUCUACCUUCACGGCGGUGGCUUUCACUUUGAUUCGGCCACCAUGUUCAACGACACGGAGAUUAUGAGCAAGUUUGCGAGCGAGCGACUUGUCUUCGUUGUGCCGGCCUUCCGGCUCGGACUGUUUGCGGUUUUGGAUCUGGGCGAAGAGCUGCAAGAUGCUCCAUAUAAUGUGGGGCUCAAUGGUAUUUUAUUUUCUUUUUCUUUGUUUCUGCACAACGCGAUUUGUGCAGGGCCGGUUAGGAUGGAAAUUAGUUGGAAAAAAAGUUUUUUUCUUAUGUCACGAUUCGAGAAAAGUAAAAUAAUCGAUAAUAGUAUGCCUUUAUUGCACCUCAACUGUCCUUUCCAGACAUAAUAUUUGCCUUGCGAUGGGUGCAAACCGAGAUUUCCAAGUUCGGCGGAGACCCGAAAAAGGUGACCGUCUUCGGCAACAGUGGAGGUGCGUCUGUUGUAUCGGAGCUCCUCGUGUCUCCGGCAGUGUCGACUGACUUGUUUUCUCGCGCCUGGGUUGCCAGCGGAUUACCCAUCCUCGAGCCUCAUUUGAAUCUCAACACAUCGGAUGUGAUUGCAACGCAGGCUGGGGUAAGUUUUCUAAAUAGAAAUUUGAGAGUUUGGCCAGGAUUUGGAGGGCUUUAUAGGACGUCGAGGUCAUGAGAAAUAUGAAAACAAGUUUUAAAAACUAAAUUUUGUUUGUUUAGAAGCAAAAAAGUGAAAAACGUGCAAUGCCAAGUCAUUCGGGUUUUCGUGGUGGGACCAAAAGUCAGUUUUCAAAACUGCUCAAUGGCGGGGAAAUUUUUAUUUUUCGAAAAAGCGAGGAUAUUUUGAAGGUAUUUCGAAAAAAUUGGAAAAUUUUAUUUCAUGUCCUAAGGGUAAAAAUGGCAAAAAAUCAAGUUUUCUCCCAAGAAAGCCCUAAUAAUUAACAGUCAAAUUUUGGUAUAACAAAUCGCAAAAAACCGAAAAAAUUGUUUGUUAUGGAUGAGCUUUUUUGUGUAGAGAUUCAUUUCGCCCUAAAAUUGGCGCUUGGCACCUCAGAAAUUGUUUGUUCUAGACAGGUUUUGUUGUAUUGAAAAUAGUUAAAAUUCUCCUUAUUACGAAACCAGCCAGUAACGAACAUUUUUAAAUCUCUCAAAAGUCUAUUUUAUAGCCAAAUGAACCUCUUUACAACAAAAUCUCUAUAUAACAAACAAAAAAAUUUAUUUGUUAUACGGAGAUUUUUUAGUAACUUUGACUGUACUAACUUUAUUUUACAAGGAAAGUACUUCUAUGGGGUGUGGAGUUACAGGUCGAGAUAUAUAUCAAAAAAUUCGCAAAAAUUUUCUGAUUCAGACUAUAUAAAAAUUAGCUGCCUAAUUUUGGUCUAUCAACGAAUUUUAUCAAUAAAUGUAUUUCUCGAGGAAAAAAAUCUGCGGCAACAAAAGCGCGCUCGGUCUCUUCCCUCGGAAGAGAGCGGUGUGGCCGAGUGGUUAGAGCGCUAGGUUGGAAAUCCGAGGGGAACGGGUUCGAUUCUUUUUGCCACACUAGAACCCAUUUUUUACGUUGGAACUACUUUUAAGGUGUAGUUGUAAUCCAAUUUGAUAUUUUAAGGCUUGCCAAGGCCUCAGAAUUUAUUUUAACACAAAACAAAAUUUUUUUAUUAGUAAAAACAAGGUCAAAAAGACACUUGCAUGGUGUCGCGAGAAAACUUCUGAGGACAAAAACAUGUCACCAGACCAAAAUUAGGCAGCUAAUUUUUAUACAUUCUGAAUCAGAAAAUUUUUGCGAAUUUUUUGAUAUAUAUCUCGACCUGUAACUCCACACCCCAUAGAAGUACUUUCCUUGUUAAACUUUUCCGAGUGGAGAUUUUAAUUUUUUUGAUGUUUUUACCUCCAGGGCAUGACUGUAAUUUUAGUGUCCAAAAACCGAAAACAUCCGAGCCCGUUUGGAAUGUCUGCGAAGUGUGCCCGCCGAGCGCAUAAACAACGCCGCCCGAGAGACCGAGCUCACCCGAUGGGAGAAGAUCGGAGUCCAAUCCGACUCACACAACCUUCCUGGCCGCAGUUUCGCCGACCUGGUCCAGUAUUGGAAGCCAAUCCCGGCUGUGUUCAGCGUCACCGCCAGAGAGCUGGUGUUUCAACUCAAAACCCUCGAGUAUUACUGUGACGCGUACACGAAAAUGUUUGGCUAUCAAUCGGCGGAGGUGGUGGACGAGUGCUUGAAGAGAUAUGGGAACAACACCGAGAGAUUGUCACCAGAAAUUAUGCAUGCCAUUGCGUACUUCCAGGCCAAGGUGAAUGUGCUGCGGUAAGGUUGGGGGAGAGCUUGAUGCUUUGAGGAAGGAUUGGCGCCUCUGGCGAGACUUGAAAUCCUAGAUUUAAGUCCAAGUUAAGGUCUUUGCAUGGUUAGAAAAUAUCGAGUUCAAGUUCGCGUCCCGGCUUUUCGGGUCGUCGACAACUCUGGGUCAAUAAAAAAGUAAUCGAUUCGGGGCGUAGGGCAGGUGGACACCCAAAAAAAAGCUUGUAGCAAGUGCCUACGAGGCCUGGCAAAUCCGUUGAAUGGUCGACGGACGCUCGGCGAAGGCUCGGCGGAGACUUGGCGAAGACUUGCAAUAUGUUCACUUUUUCUAACAUAAGCUCUUACUAACGUUAGUUUUCUUUACCUUGGGUUAUCGUAACAUAUACUCCGCGUACAAUGUUUUGACCCCCCUCCUAACUCGGUCCAAAGUGUACUAAUUCGGACCAAAUUUGGCAUGUAGUAUACUCACAGGCUAGUAACAAAAAAUAACAUAGCAGGACAUACCUUAUAGUUGAAUUUAAGAAUCUAGGGGCAAUUUUCAAAAAUCACCUUAAAAAAUCGAGGAAAAAGUUUUGACCCCCCUUAAAAAAAAGUUAGAUAUCGCCAGCGGAUGCCACGCAAACCUAUUGUAAUCGACGUCCCAUACCUGAAUACAGGUUAAUAAAUGGUUUUCCGUUGAAUGCUUCGUUGCAUUUGAGGAUUCAACGCGUUAAACCGUUUUUGAUGUAGAGGUGCCCAAAAUGGUAAAAAUCUUCCCCUAGCGUUUUCCAAGAGCUCUAAAUUGGGUUUAUAUUUUGUGAUUUAGACCUGUAUUUACCUUCUCCUUUCGAUAAAAGUGCAUGAUGGCCUGGGAGUGUAGAUUCGGCAGAUACCCUCUUGUCAUGCCCAGCCUUGGUGAGCCAUUUGCUCUCUGACUCAAGGUCGAGAUGUGGUCGUUAGGUCCUCAAUGUAAUCCUGAGACUCCUAUUUACUCUCAGUAAUGUAAAAUGUUUUGAUUUGACACGUUUUGUAAUGGGUUUCAUUCACCUUAAUCUUAAGUUUGCCGUUACUGUAGAUGACCCCGAGUACGAUGACAUCCCCACCUCCCAUUUGGCGUUUCAUACGUCUCAAAUGAGUAUGGUGGGUGCUGUAGCGUCUUAAAUUACCUGGUCCAUCAAAUGAAAGCCGUUUUUGGUGGCUAAAAAUCCAUUUGAAAAACGCUGGUUUUUCGUUAAGGCGCAGAUCGGCGAAGUUGCGCCUGCAAACCAUACGAGACCGUGUCAGCGGGAGUUUAUUCUUUGUUUGAGAGUAAAUAGGAGUCUCAGGAUUACAUUGAGGACCUAACGACCACAUCUCGACCUUGAGUCAAAGAGCAAAUGGUUCACCAAGGCUGGGCAUGACAAGAGGGUAUCUGCCGAAUCUACACUCCCAGGCCACCAUGCACUUUUAUCGAAAGGAGAAGGUAAAUACAGGUCUAAAUCACAAAAUAUAAACCCAAUUUAGAGCUCUUGGAAAACGCUAGGGGAAGAUUUUUACCAUUUUGGGCACCUCUACAUCAAAAACGGUUUAACGCGUUGAAUCCUGAAAUGCAACGAAGCAUUCAACGGAAAACCAUUUAUUAACCUGUAUUCAGGUAUGGGACGUCGAUUACAAUAGGUUUGCGUGGCAUCCGCUGGCGAUAUCUAACUUUUUUUUAAGGGGGGUCAAAACUUUUUCCUCGAUUUUUUAAGGUGAUUUUUGAAAAUUGCCCAUAGAUUUUGAAAUUCAACUAUAAGGUAUGUCCUGCUAUGUUAUUUUUUGUUACUAGCCUGUGAGUAUACUACAUGCCAAAUUUGGUCCGAAUUAGUACACUUUGGACCGAGUUAGGAGGGGGGUCAAAACAUUGUACGCGGAGUAUAUAAAAGACCAAAAUUUUCAGCAAAAAAAAACGAAGAUCCAUAACUUUUAUCGUAGAUAUUAUUGAUGUGAGUACAUGUAAAAUAAUAGGUGAUAAAUAGGUGAUAAACUAUCCUAGGACCCUGUCAAUCUUAUUGUUUCUACAAAUUAAGUCUUCCCCUAGUCUCCUCCAUGCACACAUCAACGAACCGAGGCGUUCCAUAGUGUUUACCUUAGAAGCUUCCGGAGGCCAGUACCUGACGGUAUAAAAAUGCUUAGUAUUCCUAUUAUCAUCGCAUCCAAGAAUGGCCCAGAUCGGGUUAUGGUGGGAUUUUUUAUCGAGUUCUGAAGUAACCCUUGGAUGAUCAGAACUUCUGUUUUAUUUAUCAGUCUGUCGGGAAAAUAACGGCGGAUCGUCGCAGCAAAAUGUCUCGCCUUGCCGCUAUCGCGCACCAAAUCCCAAGCUUGCAGUCGCAAGGCGAUGAUGGGCGAUUCCGAGGCGCGACGAUCCGCCGUUUUUUUUCCCGACAGACCGAUACUAGGGUAUCCCCUUUUAUUUCGAUCCGGAGGAGGCUUGUAUUGCUGGGUUAAAGGGUCAUUACAGCUUUUAAAAUAAUUAAUAGUUUUCUUGCUCUUUAUGAUUCGUUAUACAGAGGUUUCACUCUUUUUUCUCUCAGCUCCGGGCCAACAUAUUUCAUGGUGUGGGCCCAAAAGAACCAUGACAAACACGCCAAUGAGAUGGCCUACUUUUUUGGACUUCAUCCGGUGAUCAACAAAACCGAGGAUGAUUUGGAAAUGGAAGCCUUCUUCCCUCCUGUUUGUCGCAACUUUUUCAACGGCGAAGUGCCGUUGGAAGGUGGGGCUAGACACGUUUAAAAUCGUAUUACUUGCAGACUGGGAUCAAGUGGAUUAUAACGGACGAAAUUACUAUUACUUCAACUUUGACGGCGAGGAAACUCCGCACAUGGUCAAGAACGGGGUCUACGACGUGGAAUCGAUAAAGUUUUGGCUUUAUCAUCUCAAGGAGGUGGAGGAAAAAGGCACCCGGGUUCAAAGGUCACUUCGUAGGGCUAUUGUCCAUCGAAAUACGCUGGCGUCAGAAAGUAGCGGGAGCGGAAAAAGUGGGAAUAAGGUGAGUUACAUGUACCAAAGGAACAACAGGGAACAUUGUCGUUUGGGAAAGCGAUGACUGGGGAGUGAAGAGCGCUUUUUGACGCUGUCUUAAAAGUUUGCUGAAAAUCACAGGGCGCAGCUCGAAAACAAGCUGAAACUUAGCUCCGGCGAGCUGCAAAAACUUGUUUUCCGAGCUGCCCCCGAUAUGCGAGCUGCGCCCGUGCCAGUUUUCCCAGAUGCGCCCUACGUUUUUUCUCUUGGGGAAGGAAGCAUUCUGCCACAUUUUUGAUACUUCCCGGAUGCAAAAUGGUACUUUUUUUGCCACUGAAUCAGGCUACCACUGCAUGUUUGUUAGAAAAAAUUAAUUUGUCACAAGCUUCGUCAAAAUCUGGUCGUCGCACUUGGAGUAAAGAUAAAAAAAAGGCAAAAGAAGUUCUUUAACCCCUCCAUUGUCACUUUCCCAAAUUGCCGAAGCAAGUGGAUUAAAACAAGUGUUAAAAAAGUCCGUUCAGAAGUACCAAGACGCUGAGCAAUCGGUGCCUCUGCUCACCGUACUCACCAUCCUCAUCGUCGCCGCGUUCGUCUUGGCAACCGUUGCGUUCACGUUGAGUGUGAUUCAAAUGUGCUGGGGCUGGAGGAAACGCCGAGUACAACCAGAUCUUGAAGAAGAAGAAAUGAAGAUUCUACGGAGAUAUGACGACGACUUUCCUAAAUAUGUAUUUUGA